AUGGUUGAUUCUUCAAUCACUACUACUACUACUAAACGUCCAUUGGUAAAUUAUCACUCAACUAUUUGGGGAGACUUUUUCCUCUCCUACACUCCUCAACUCACGGAAAUUAGUAGCCAUGAAAAACAUGAGCAUGAAGAGUUGAAAGAAAAAGUAAGGCAAAUGUUAGUUGAAACACCUGAUAAUAGUACACAAAAACUUGUCUUGAUUGAUACAAUCCAACGAUUGGGAGUGGAAUAUCAUUUUAAAAAAGAUAUUGAAACAUCCAUUCAGAACAUUUUUGAAGAGUCCCAACAAAAUGAAAAUGAUGACGAUCUAUACGUUGUUGCUCUUCGAUUUCGACUGGUGAGACAACGAGGGCAUUACAUGUCUUCUGAUGUGUUCAAAAAAUUCAUCAAUCAUGACGGAAAAUUCAAGGAAACUAUUACUAAAGAUGUUCAAGGAUUAUUAAGCUUAUACGAAGCAGCACAUCUAAGAGUACUCGGGGAAGAAAUUAUUGAAGAAGCUCUAACUUUUACCGUCACUCAUCUGGAAUCCAUGGGCCCUAAAUUGGGCAACUCAGUCAAGGCACAAGUUAGUGAAGCCUUAAACCAGCCCAUUCAUACAAAUCUACCAAGGUUGUUAGCAAGGAAACACAUAUGUAUGUUUGAGAACAUUGAAUCGCGUAACGAUUUGCUUUUGAAAUUUGCGAAAUUGGAUUUUAACAUUUUGCAAAAGUUGUACCAAAGAGAGCUUAGCGAACUUACAAGAUGGUGGAAUGAUAUGGAGGUUGCAAAUAAAAUUUCAUAUGGAAGAGACAGAUUGGUGGAGUGUUACUUUGCGGCAGUGGGAGUGCAUUUUGAGCCUCAACAGAGUCGCACAAGAAUAAUAAUAGGAAAAAUAAUCUCCAUCAUCAACAUUAUUGAUGAUACUUUCGAUGCAUAUGCAACCUUUGACGAACUUGUGCUUUUCACAAGUGCGAUAGAGAGAUACGACGACAUUACUGUCAUGGAAUCAGUGCCACCUAAUUUGAGACCUGUUUAUCGAGUCUUGAUAGAGUUUCUUAAUGAAAUCGAACAAGAGUUGAAAAAAGAAGGUAAAGCAGACCGGGUCUACUAUGUAAAAGUUGAGAUGAAAAAAUGGAUAAGAGCCUAUUUUAAGGAAGCACAAUGGUUGAAUGCUAGCUAUUUUCCAAAAAGUGACGAGUACAUGGAAAACGCAAUUGUAAGCGUUGCAAUGAAUUUUAUUGCAACAAUUUCUUUGGUAUUUUUGGAGGAAUUUAUUAUAACCAAAGAAACUUUGGAAUGGGUGAUAAGUGAUCCUUUGAUUCUUCAAGCUUCAUCCGUAUUAAGUCGAUUAAAGGACGAUAUUAUUGGACAUCAGUUCGAACAAGAAAGAGAACAUAUACCAUCAUUCUUUGAAUGCUAUAUGAAAGAAUAUGGAGUUUCAAAACAAGAAGCAUAUGUUGAGGCGCAGAAGAAAAUGAACAAUGCAUGGAAAGACAUAAACAUGGAAUUACUCUGUCUUUCUCAAGUACCAAUGUUUGUCCUCGAACAAGCUAUAAGUGCUACACGCUUGACACUUGCUUUCGAAGAGAAUGAUUUUAUAGAUACUGAAGCUAGAUUUAAAGACAAAGUCAUCUCGUUGCUUGUUGAUCCUAUCAAAAUAUGA